AUGCCUCAGUUGCGCGCCUUUACAGGCGGAUCUGAGGAGUCCAGUUCCCCCGUUCUUCCCCCUGAAAUUGAACGCGAGAUUUUCGAAGUAGCCGCUCAAAUUCCAGGAAAUGCGACUACCCUUGCUCUCGUGGCUCGACGCACGCAAAUAUGGAUGGAACGUAUUAUCUACGAAACGGUCACCCUCUCCUCCCCCAACCUCACUGCACGUUUUCUCACUGCGCUGGACUCUCGACCUGCCCAGUUUUUCACGGAGCUCGUGAAAUCGCUGUGUAUUCCCGGCGACAUACCCCUCCAAUCUGCAAUCCGUGUGCUGCAGGCUUGCCAAGGCGUUGUCAACCUCGCGUUAUGGCUGCCUCUUCAAGCGACACCGCUCCUACCGUAUAUCGGAAACAUACGGCCCCGCAGGCUUUCUGUUAAUGUCAGUGGCUUGUUUGGAGCCAAAAAUCCGUUGCAGUUGGAGCACAAGCAGCAGGACGACACCUCAACACCCGACUUCACCCACCCAUUUUUCUCCUGUGUAACCCACCUCGAGCUUGUCGAUUGGCUCCUUCCACUCUUCCUCAGCAACUCUACGCUCAAUUUGCCUCUGCUUGCUCCUCAUCUCACUCACCUUGCGCUUGAUGUUGACCCAUGUGUGGAUGCUUCGGCCCUCGUUCGCCUCCGCGUGCAGAGCAUUCUACGCUCUUGCCGUUCCCUCGUCAUCUGUCUCGGAGUAGUGGACGACGAUGACACCAUGAUUGUCGCUUGUGACGAACUCAGUGAAGUUUCUCGAGACGACCCUCGCCUCGUUAUUCUGUCUGAUGCGGAUGUCGUUACUAGCUGGGAGGACUCGGUGCGCGGCACCGAUGCGAGUAUAUGGGCGUUUGCUGAGGACAUUGUCUCAGCCCGGAUAGGGAAAAAAUUGAAAUUGUAA